AAGCAAAACGCCGAGGCAACUAAGAGAGCAAUCAUGUCCAAGUCGAUGGGACUGAACGUGGCUGGCGGCCUGUCGUCGAUGCUAAAGGACGGCCACAAGCACUUUGAAGGUGUGGAUGAGGCUGUGGCCAAGAACAUUGAUGCUGUGAAGCAGCUGGCGGCCAUCACACGCUCGUCGCUGGGUCCUAAUGGCAUGAACAAGCUCGUGAUCAACCACUUGGAGCGCAUUUUCGUCACGAGCGACACAGCUACAAUCGUUAAGGAGUUGGAAGUCAUCCACCCGGCCGCACGUAUGGUCGUUAUGGCUGCUAAGAUGCAGGAGAAUGACUACGGUGAUGGCACGUGUCUCGUUGUGGCUCUGGCGGGUGAGUUGCUUAUGGAAGCUGCCAGUCUGCUACGUAUGGGUCUGCACGCCAGCGAGAUCGUCACAGGAUACCAAAAAGCGCACGACAAGUGCCAGGAGAUUCUUCAGAAACUACAGAGCGUGCAGAUUAAGGACCCACGCGACCAGGUGGAGCUGCAGAAGGCCAUUAAGACGUCUCUGGCUUCCAAGCAGUACGGAUAUGAGGAUCUGCUCGCUAAGCUCGUGGCCGAGGCCUGUCUGAAUGUUAUGCCUGCAGCCCCCAAGAAGCCGUCGAUCAACGUGGACAACAUCCGCGUGGCGAAGAUCAUGGGCGGCAACCUACACGACUCGACAGUGAUCCGUGGUAUGGUCAUCCAGCGUAACACGGAGGGAAAUGUCAAGAAGGCACUUAAGGCGAAGGUCGCAGUGUUCGGUUGUGGACUUGAGAUCUCUUCUACGGAAGCCAAGAGCACGGUACUUAUUAAGGACGCAGACGAGCUCAUGAACUACAACAAGGGCGAGGAAAAACACUUGGAGGAGGCUGUUCGUGCUAUCAGCGAGUCUGGCGCGACAGUUGUCGUCUCGGGUGGUAGCAUCAGUGAGAUGGCGCUCCACUUCUUGGAAAAGUACAACCUUAUGGCUAUCAAGAUCCAGUCCAAGUGGGAACUGCGUCGUCUGUGUCGUGCAGUGAACGCUAACGCUCUGGUCCGUCUGGGAGCCCCCACACCGGAUGAGAUGGGCUUCUGUGACAGUGUGACGGUCAAGGAGAUCGGAGGCAGGAAGGUGACGGUCUUCCAGCAAGACGAGGAGGACGCCAAGAUCUCGACGAUCGUGCUGCGUGCCAGCACUGACAACGUGCUGAACGACAUUGAACGUGCUAUUGACGACGGUGUGAACUGCGUAAAGUCAGUGUGUCGGGACGGCCGGUUCGUGUCAGGCGCAGGCUCCACGGAGAUCGAAUUGUCGCGUCAGAUCAAGAGCUUCGGUGAGGCUACGCCUGGACUAGACCAGUACGCCAUUAAGAAGUUCGGAGAAGCUAUUGAGGUUGUACCUCGGAUUCUGGCCGAGAACUCGGGACAGAUGGCCACUGAGGUUAUCUCUAGCCUGUAUGCUGCUCACGCGGGUGGCAACGUUAGCGCUGGCGUGGAUGUGGACAACGAACACGAGUCCCACGUUAUUCCGGAUGCUUUGGACAAGGGGAUUUGGGACCACCUUCAGACCAAGAUGUCUGCUAUCCGUCUCGGUGCGGAUGCUGCCAUCACGGUGCUCCGUGUGGACCAGAUCAUCAUGGCCAAGGCAGCUGGAGGACCUAAGCCGCGAGGCAUGUAAGGAAGAGCGCUACAAUAUCUCCUGCAACUGCAGCUGGAUUGGUCGGUCUUCGUGUCUUCGCUCAGGUUGGUUAUUCAAUAUCGAAAUAAAGCCUUCAUCUCUCACACC